CUUUCUUUCUUUGUCCAGGCUUCAUUUUCAUGUCAGCAUUGACGCCUCGGGUUGGACCACCUUCCCUCUAUUUGGCACUCCAUCUGCAACUGACAGAUCGAGAGAGAGAGGAGCUUCUCGUUGGACUUAGAACAUAGAGAAAGGAGGGAAGCUUACAAAAAGAGCCAAGCUUCUCCAGAGUCAAAGGUUUCUGGGUAAGCGGAAGGAGAAGCAGAAGCUCUUGCUGGGUUGAAUGGUAGUUGGGUAGAGAGAUCCUUCACGGCCUCUUCUAACUGGCUGUAGAAAGGCAGGCCUGAACAAAGUGAAAGAGGUUUUUAGAUUGAUUCCACAAACAAGUUAGAAGACAAGUAGUAGUUGUGGAUUGGAAAGUAAAGAGAAGAGAAGACAAGCAGUAAGCAGGUUUUUAUUUCCAAUGAAUCAGUUUGAAAAGAAUGAAACUGACUUGGAAGGCGGAAAAUUGUUAAAAGAUGGAGAUAAAGCAACACGAGGUAAUAAGGUGGUUAAAUCACAGAAUCAGGCCUUGUUGGCUGGUCUUGCAUAUUGCAUAUCGUCCUGCAGCAUGAUAUUAGUUAACAAAUUCGUGCUUUCGAGCUACAACUUUGAUGCUGGAAUUUCUCUGAUGCUGUACCAGAACCUAGUCUCGGUUAUAAUCGUUUCUGUGUUGAGUUUUCUGGGCAUAAUAUCAACCGAGCCGCUAACAUGGAGAUUGGUUAAGGUCUGGUUGCCUGUGAAUGUUAUAUUCGUUGGGAUGCUCAUUACAAGCAUGUUUAGCUUAAAGUACAUCAAUGUAGCAAUGGUCACGGUCCUAAAGAAUGUUACCAAUGUGAUAACUGCAAUUGGUGAAAUGUAUCUAUUCCAAAAGCACCAUGACAACAGAGUAUGGGCUGCUCUGUUUCUAAUGAUAAUUUCAGCAAUUUCUGGAGGCGUGACUGAUUUAUCUUUCCAUGCCGUCGGCUAUGCAUGGCAAAUCAUUAACUGUUUCUUGACUGCAUCAUAUUCUCUGACUCUACGUAGGGUCAUGGAUACAGCAAAGCUUGUCACAAAAUCUGGAAAGCUGAAUGAGUUUUCAAUGGUCUUGCUAAAUAACACUCUUUCUCUGCCUUUGGGGAUUGUGCUUAUUUUUGUUUUCAGGGAGGUUGAUUAUCUCUUUACAACUCCACUUUUGAGGUUACCAACCUUCUGGAUGGUAAUGACGCUAAGUGGAUUUUUAGGUCUUGCAAUCAGCUUCACGUCUAUGUGGUUUCUUCAUCAAACGGGUGCCACCACAUACAGCCUUGUGGGGUCGCUGAAUAAGAUCCCUCUAUCUGUUGCCGGUAUCCUACUUUUCAAAGUCCCGACCAGUUUAGAGAACUCCGCUAGCAUUUUCUUUGGUCUUGUGGCUGGAGUAUUUUUCGCCAGAGCCAAAAUGCGGGAGAGAUCUCAAUCCUGAACUGUUGUAACUUGUUAGUAUUUGAUACGUCCAAGUUUCUCACUGUGUGAAAGCUGCAUCCGGCUGCCUUAAUAUCUCAUUCUUCAUUUGUGGGAAAUCAUUUUAUAGAUUCUCAUGAAGUCUUAAGAAGAUUCUGCUGGGCAUUAGGAAAACUUCCAUUCAACUUCAUCAGGCCAUCUAGAGAUGUUGUGUACCAAACCGUACCACUAAUUUUUUCACCAAUCUGUAUUUUGUAAUGUAACACAUUCCUCUGUAUCAUCUCUGCUAGUCUUAUACAAACAAUUAUUCUGAAACUGGUGCUAAAUUGGGAGAAAAAUGAGCUCCCUAAGAUAAUGUUGAAAAAAAAAGAAGUUUUUUCUUUG